GGGCCGCUGGCCGACGGCCCAGCAUGGCGGCCGCCGAUUGGCCGCGCGCCGGAGGGCGGGGCCCGGCGCUGGUUGCCGGGGCGGCGGAUGGCGGCGGCGGCUCCUCGAUGGCGGCGGGGCUGAGCGCGGACCCUGCACCGGCGGCCGGGACGCGGGGACUCCCCCUUCGGUGCGGGGAGGCCCAGUCCUCGGGAAAAAGGGAGAGAGAGAGACAGGCUGAUGCUGAAGCCAACCAGCUGCACUUCUGAGUGGGAAACUCCGGAUUGAUCUCAUGGCUUGCUUUUUAUUUCACUAAUACUUCAUUAUCUCUGAAAAUGAACCUUUUGUGAAGCUCUUCUCCUAACUCUUAUUCCUCUCUCACGAGGUGUCUGCUGCUGUGCAAGGGAAGGAAUGGCAUGAAGUAAAUGACUCCAGUAUAAAGCAAUCUGCUUUGCCCAAGUGCCCAGUGGGCAGCACUGUCACUUUAAUAAUUCCAGGUCAAGGGAUUGCUUUCCUCGUUUUCAAUCCUCUCUUUUAAUACAUGGGAGGAUCAGAGGGACAUUAAAGACCGUAAGGCUGGGUGGCUUGCAGAUAAUAAAAAUGAAAGUGUCUGCCCAGUGACUUCUGUUGGGUAAGAGGGUGAUAUUUGAAGGCUGUUGUCUGGUGAGGAAAAAGGGAUCUUUUCAGGCUGCUGUGUAGUCACCCAAUACAUAGCUACCAAAAAUUAAUUCAAGAAGCAAAAAAGCUUAAAGAGGCACUUUGGAUUGUUUUUGUCUUCCUCCUUAUUUGGAUUACUUGGGCAUUUUUGUCCUGCAAAUAAUAUGUUUUUGAGCAUGUACAGGUGGAGUAUUGAGACAGCUGCCUAGAGAUGGACUGUGCCUUAAUUGUAUUGCAUAAAAUCUUCUAAUUUUCAAACUUUGCUGCCAGAAGAGGAGUUAUAAUAAGGUUUUAUAUUGCCAAGGAACGUUUCCUCUUGUAUUUUUAUAGAGUCAAAUAUAUUUUAAAGAAAUUGAAAGCAUCUCUUAAAAAAGAAUCAAAAAGCUUCUUUUUCCCCCCCUUUUUUUUCUUAUUUGUGGAGAGCGUCGGAAGUCCAAUCCAAGGGAUCAGCAAGUAUUCAUAGAAAUGAAGAUUGAAGCUGCAUUUCCUUACUGAACUGUAAAAAUGUUCUGCAAUAAAUAGUCAGUUCCUGACCUUGCAGAGUGUUCCAGUAGUACUUCAUUAGUACCUGUAAAAAGUGAUUGCAACCAGAUUCAGAAGUAGGAAGAAGAAUGCCUGUCAAGAAGAAAGAUACUGACCGAGCUUUAGUGCUGCUGGAAGAAUAUUGCAAAAAACUACGGAAGCCAGAAGAGCAACAACUGAAAAAAGCCAUCAGAAAGGUGAUGGGCAUCUUUAAGAGCAGCUUGUUUCAGGCACUUCUAGAUAUUCAAGAGUUUUAUGAAGUGACGCUGCUAAAUUCCCAGAAAAGCUAUGAGCAAAAAAUAGAAGAAGCAAAUCAAGUUGCAGAGAAAUGGGAGAAGACAGCAUCUGCUACAGACCAUGAAAAUCUGCAGAAAAAACAGGAGCCUGCAGCUUCCAAUGGAUCAGAAGGAUCUGGCCAGCGUGGUGAACACAACAAGGAGAAGCUGACUUUUGAAAACUAUGUGGUAGACAUGAAGACAAAGCAGAGCCAUGGCAGAUGCCCACCUCACAAAUGCUCAGUCGAAACACCUGCCUGGAUACCCAUUCAGCACUCCACCAAAGGCCAAGAGGAAGAAAAUCCCACAGGUAGAGGCCUUCACCUGGGACCUUUUCCUGAAAUGGAAUGGACUAAUACACAGAAAUAUCGUUACCAAGAUGAGGAUGCUCCACAUGACCAUACUUUGCCUCGUUUAACCCACGAAGUGAGAGGCCCAGAGCUUGUUCAUGUGUCAGAGAAGAACUUGUCUCAGAUAGAGAAUGUCCAUGGAUACGUCUUGCAGUCACACAUUUCUCCUUUGAAGGCAAGCCCUGCCCCUAUAAUUGUCAACACAGACACCUUGGACACAAUCCCUUAUGUCAAUGGAACAGAAAUUGAAUAUGAAUUUGAAGAAAUUACUUUGGAGAGGGGAAAUUCUGGCCUGGGGUUCAGUAUUGCUGGAGGAACAGAUAACCCACACAUUGGGGAUGAUCCUGGGAUAUUCAUUACUAAGAUUAUACCAGGAGGAGCUGCAGCAGAGGAUGGAAGACUCAGGGUCAACGACUGCAUCUUGCGAGUGAACGAGGUUGACGUGUCGGAGGUGUCGCACAGCAAAGCCGUGGAGGCGCUGAAGGAGGCCGGCUCCAUCGUGCGCUUGUACGUCCGGCGAAGGAGACCUAUACUGGAGACCGUCGUGGAGAUCAAGCUCUUCAAAGGGCCGAAAGGUCUAGGAUUCAGUAUUGCAGGAGGGGUGGGAAACCAACACAUCCCUGGGGACAACAGCAUUUAUGUCACCAAGAUUAUUGAUGGGGGAGCUGCACAAAAAGAUGGGAGGUUGCAGGUUGGAGAUAGACUUCUUAUGGUAAAUAACUACAGUUUAGAAGAAGUUACCCAUGAAGAGGCAGUAGCAAUACUGAAGAACACAUCAGAUGUAGUGUAUCUGAAAGUUGGAAAGCCCACCACCAUUUACAUGACAGAUCCAUAUGGCCCACCAGAUAUUACUCACUCCUAUUCUCCACCAAUUGAAAAUCAUAUACUCUCUUCUGGAAACAAUGGCACUUUAGAGUACAAGGCAUCCCUGGCCCCUAUCUCACCAGGAAGAUACUCACCCAUUCCAAAGCACAUGCUUGUGGAGGACGACUACACCAGGCCUCCUGAACCUGUUUACAGCACUGUGAACAAACUGUGUGAUAAACCACCUUCUCCUAGGCACUAUUCCCCUGUCGAGUGUGACAAAAGCUUCCUUCUUUCAGCUCCCUACCCCCACUACCACGUAGGCCUGCUCCCUGACUCUGAGAUCACCAGUCACUCCCAGCACAGCACUGCAACGCGUCCCCCCACAGUGAGCUUGCAGCGGACCAUUUCUGUGGAAGGAGAGCCUCGAAAAAUCAUCCUGCACAAGGGCUCCACAGGACUUGGUUUCAACAUAGUGGGAGGUGAAGACGGGGAAGGCAUUUUCGUGUCGUUCAUCCUGGCAGGCGGGCCGGCGGAUCUCAGCGGAGAGCUGCAGCGAGGGGACCAGAUCUUAUCUGUGAACGGCAUCGAUCUCCGAGGCGCCACCCAUGAGCAGGCAGCGGCUGCGCUCAAGGGAGCGGGGCAGACGGUCACCAUCAUAGCCCAGUACCAGCCAGAGGAGUACGCUCGAUUUGAGGCAAAAAUCCAUGACCUGCGUGAGCAGAUGAUGAAUCACAGCAUGAGUUCUGGGUCUGGCUCCCUGAGGACUAAUCAGAAGAGGUCACUGUAUGUCAGAGCCAUGUUUGACUAUGACAAGAGCAAAGACAGUGGCCUCCCAAGCCAAGGACUCAGUUUCAAGUAUGGAGACAUCCUUCACGUCAUCAACGCCUCAGAUGAUGAGUGGUGGCAGGCGAGGAGGGUCACUCUGGAGGGGGACAGUGAGGAGAUGGGAGUUAUACCCAGCAAGAGGAGAGUUGAAAGAAAGGAGCGUGCACGUUUGAAGACGGUGAAAUUCAACGCGAAACCCGGCGUAAUUGAUGCUAAAGGGUCAUUCAAUGACAAGCGUAAAAAGAACUUCAUCUUUUCACGAAAAUUCCCAUUCUACAAGAGCAAGGAGCAGAGUGAGCAGGAAACAAGUGAUCCAGAACAACAUGUUUCUUCUAAUGCCAGCGAUAGUGAAAGUAGCUACAGAGGCCAAGAGGACUUCAUCCUUUCUUAUGAACCUGUCACAAGACAGGAAAUUAAUUACACCAGGCCAGUUAUUAUUCUGGGUCCUAUGAAAGAUCGGAUCAACGAUGAUUUGAUAUCUGAGUUCCCUGACAAGUUUGGGUCAUGUGUACCACAUACCACACGGCCAAAGCGUGACUAUGAAGUGGAUGGGAGAGAUUAUCAUUUUGUCAUUUCAAGAGAACAAAUGGAAAAAGAUAUCCAAGAGCACAAAUUUAUAGAAGCUGGGCAGUACAAUGAUAAUUUGUAUGGAACUAGUGUCCAGUCUGUGAGAUUUGUGGCAGAAAGGGGCAAGCACUGUAUACUUGAUGUGUCAGGAAAUGCUAUCAAACGACUACAAGUUGCACAACUCUAUCCCAUUGCUAUCUUCAUUAAGCCCAAAUCAUGGGAGCCUCUGAUGGAAAUGAAUAAACGUCUUACAGAGGAGCAAGCAAAGAAAACCUAUGAUCGAGCAAUUAAAUUAGAACAAGAAUUUGGAGAAUAUUUCACAGCUAUUGUCCAAGGAGAUAGCUUAGAAGAUAUAUAUAAUCAAUGCAAACUUGUAAUUGAAGAACAAUCUGGGCCUUUCAUCUGGAUUCCUUCGAAGGAAAAAUUAUAAAUUAGCCACUGCACCUCUGAUUACGACGGGAGAAUAUUUAGAAGAAAACUAUAAUAUACUAUUUGGAGGCUUUCCUGUUUUUGUUGCAUUUAUGUUAUUUGCAGUCAAUGUGAAUUUUGAUGAAUGUACAACACAAAGUGUUUGAAGCCAUGAAGGACACUGAUGGGUCAAAGGGUAGGAACAAAAAGACUUCUACCAUAUAAAGCAAAUCUGUUGUGUGCUCAGAGCACGAGUUGUAGGAAUAAACUUUUGACAUGGAGACCCUCUGUCAAGGGGAGCUAAGCCACCUCCUGUGCCCACACGGACAUUUUGAUCAAUUUCAAUGGCUGAGCUCAGUGUGUUGAUUGCUUUAGAGAAGUUCCCAGCUCUUGAACCUCAUAGAGGGCUUGAUCCUGCAAGGCGCUCAGCACUUGACCCAGUUCCUACACAUGAGUAGCCUGUUGACUUGGAGUCACCUGUGACCCUUCCCUGUGUUGAGUCCCACCAGUUCCAGUAGGACUAUUCAUGUGCCCAAAGCUAAGCACAGGCUUAAGCAUCUUUGCUAGAUCAGGGCCACAUGCACCUUGCAAAAUCAAGCUCAGAGUAUUUGGUCCACUUCCUACUGAGGUCACUGUUAGGACACUCUGUGACCUGACUGGGAGGUAGGUCCUGUUCCAAGCUUGUCAUUGCACAUUUAUAGUUGGUACACCUCGACUUUGGUAACUAUGCACAUCUUUUGAUUUCUGAAACCAAGUCAAGCAUUUCUUUUUUCCCCCUUUGGAAGCACUAUUGCAUCAGGAACUACCAACAAUAAGGUUUAUUUUAAAGGUGUUCAGGGGUGGGAGAGGAUGGAAGCAUUUCACAUCACACACACGUGCACACAAACACAUUCCCAUGAGGACACACACACAUAUGAGGAUUCACAGCACCUAUGUCAACAAGGAGGGAUACAACUGGGAAAAGCUUUAAAAUUUUUGAUUGUCUAUUUUAUCAUUUAUAUUGAUAGAAGGCACUUAAAGAUGGAAUAAUUUAUAAAAAUAAAAAUAUAUUGAUGUAUAGAAACUAA